AAUUUAAAGUUUUUCGUGGGAAAAAAUAUUGCAGACUUUGCGAAAUUUUUAUCUUUUAUUUUGUGGAAAUUUUCUCAAAGAAGGACGCUAAGAAAGUAUCAAGAAAUUCCAGCCAAGGAGACACUUUGGAAGAGAGAAAAAUGUCCAAUAGAGGUGGUGGAAGGAGACUUCCGGCGCAUGUUACGGAAUGCCUGAGAAUUGCCAUUGAAGUUGAGCUGAAUAACUUCCUGCACAGCAAUGAGAUGGAAAUGUCCUUUCCCAGUACACUGACGAAUCACGAUCGGAGGUUUAUUCACGAAUUUGUCCGUACAAAGGGACUAACGUCGAAAUCUCAUGGAAAAACCACGAGAGUCCUGACAGUGUACAAGCCAACGAGGAAUGUUACUAGGAAGCAAAAAUGUACGUUUGACAUUACAAAAACCUCCCGGCAGGCAAUUUACAAUCUUCUCGGAGCUCUCCCAGUGUCCCCAGAGGAGGAGGCUGAAGUGAAGACGCGCAAAACGGGCAGGACAAUCAAUAGGAAUCUCUUUAAUGUGGGUACCUUGACGAAUGGGCUUGUUGUUGUGCCCCCACCUGGACGGGGGAAUGCUGUGAAGCAGAUGCGAAGGAAUUUGCCAAUUUUCCACCAUCGCACUGAGAUCCUGACCAAAAUCACGGAGAAUCAAGUCGUGGUGAUUGUCAGUGAAACAGGUUCAGGGAAGACCACGCAGGUUCCGCAGUAUUUGCUUGAGGAUGCCACAAAGAUGAAUCAACCGUGUCGCAUUAUCUGCACGCAACCACGGAGAUUGGCUGCCCUGUCAGUGGCUGAUCGUGUGGCGUACGAACGUGGGGAGCCCCUGGGGAAUACAGUGGGCUACCAGAUACGCCUUGAGAGUCAAACGAGCCCCACAUCGAAUCUCAUUUACUGCACAAAUGGCAUCCUCGUGCGCUGCCUCAUGGGUGGCUACUACACGCGUGUCUUUGAGAACAUCACGCACGUAAUUGUGGACGAAGUGCACGAACGUGAUAUGCACUCAGACUUCCUCCUGAUCUCCCUCAAGGAGGCCAUCGCGGUGAAUCCGCAUCUCAAAGUCAUCCUCAUGUCUGCCACAAUUGAUUCUCAACUCUUUUCCCAAUACUUUGACAAUUGUGCUGUGAUUAAUGUCCCCGGGAGGCUGUAUGAGGUCACCAACUACCACCUGGAGCACGUCCUGCACAUGACGGAGUACUGCAAGAAGGAAGUUGAGCGUAGGAUGCAAAAUGGGCGGGAAGAUAUGCGCAAGGAGCGAGCAAAAGUCAGCGCAAUCAAUGGGCAAGGGGACGAGCAGGAGGCACUCGAUGAGGAGACUGUGAAGCUCAUCAAUGAGAGCUUGGAGCUGUGCUGGACACAAUGCGAUGACGAUAGUUUCCAGCAGUUUCUCUACCUGGUCGAAGGGGAGAAUGUUCCGGUGGAUUUCCGGCACACAGAGACCGACAUGACAGCCCUUAUGAUUGCUGCUGGACGCGGGAUGGAGGAAUUUGUGGAGAUUCUCCUUCAAAUGGGUGCUAAUCCCAAUGUGACGUCCUCACACGGCAUGAAAGCUAUUGAUUGGGCAUGGAGACUCAAUCAUGCCACGUGCGUCACUCUCCUGGAGGCUGCAGCCAAAAAUGCCGCUCAUCCGGAAGCCAAAGUGUCAGAUGAGUACACAGAGAUGCUCCUGGAUACGUACCACGCAAUGGCUCCGGAAGAUGACAUCGAUCAGAAGCUCCUAAAUGCCCUCAUUGUGCACAUCCAUAAGCAACAGCCACCAGGAAGUAUCCUUGUCUUCCUUCCAGGCUAUGAAUCCAUCCUCCGGCAGAAUGAGAUGAUUCUCGAUGCUGCCCAAUACAAUGCCGCAAUGUCCAACAUACGUAUCUACAUGCUUCACAGCAAUAUGAAGAUAAAUGACCAGAAGACUGUCUUUGAGCCAACUCCCCAAGGAUGCCGGAAGGUCAUCCUGUCCACAAAUAUCGCCGAAACAUCCAUCACCAUCGACGACGUGGUCUACGUGAUUGAUUGUGGGAAAGUCAAGCAAACCAUCUUUGAUGCCAUUUGCGGCACAACAGCUCUGGAGACAACGUGGGUCUCUCAGGCGUGCGCUAAGCAACGUGCCGGCCGUGCAGGACGUGUCACGCAGGGAAUUUGCUACAAACUCUACUCGCAAGCACGCUACGCAAUAAUGGAUAAAUUCACAGUUCCGGAACUUCUGCGUGUGCCACUCACGGAGAUUUGUUUGAGUGCCAAACUCAUUGCCCCACAGUGCCCCAUUGCAGACUUCCUCAUGAAGGCCCUUCAGCCACCAGCAGCGGUGAGUGUGAGGCGCAGCGUUGAUCUUCUCAAGACAAUGGGAGCUCUCGAUGAAAUGGAAAAUAUCACAGAUCUCGGAAUUCAUCUUGCUGAUCUUCCCAUUGAUGCUCAUCUUGGAAAAAUGGUCAUUUAUAGUAUUCUGCUGAAAUGCGUUGAUCCCGUCCUUACUGUAGUUAGUGCCCUGUCCGUGCGUGACCCAUUCGUCCUGCCCACGGCGGCACGUGAUCGUUCCCGAGUGUUUGCGAUCAAGGAGAAAUUCGCGGAGAAAUCCUUGAGUGAUCACAUGAUACUCAUUCGAGCCUUCCAAGAGUGGCUCACGCACUCUGCUCGGGGGCCCAUGAAGCGCUUCUGCGAAGAGAACUUCCUCAGUACGGGCUCCAUGAUGACCAUCUGUGGGAUGCGGUCGCAAAUUUUGGGGCAUUUGCGUGCCAAUGGGCUGAUCAAGUCCAAGGGAAAGGGGAAUAUUCAUGAUUUGAAUCAGAACUCCCGGCAUUGGGCUGUGGUGAAGGCAUGCCUCGUGGCGGGAUUGUAUCCGAACAUCUGCACGCGUGACCCAGCAACGAAUGUCCUGCGCACGGAGGGAGUUGAGCGUGUUCUGCCGCAUCCACAUGGGAUCUUGGGGGCAAAACAUCCGGCUGAGUGUAAGGCGAAGAUUGGGGCAUUGCCAACGGAUUGGGUGGUGUUUGAGGAGAAAGUUCGUGUGGGGCGGAGUGCCUACAUUAAUUGCAAUUCUGUCAUCACCCCCAUCACUGUGGCUCUCUUUGCGGGAGACAUUCACAUAAGUGAGGAAGAGAAUUUGCAUCCGGUGGAGCGUGUAGAGUCAGAUUCCGACCGAGAUUCACCCACCACAAUGGGCGGAGGAGGAGGAGCCGCAGCCAAUGAGGUUAUGUUUCAUGUAAAUCGUGAAAUUGCAUUCACACUGCCCGAGGAGACGGCCUACUUGGUGUUUCAUUUGCGCCAAAAACUCAACUAUCUCCUACUAAUGCUCAUCCAGAAUCCCGAUACGUUCCAUUUGACAACAAAUGGACCCCAUGGGAUAGUUCUGGAGGCAAUUGUAGCUGUACUGAUGGCCGAAGAGAAGCACUAUCGCUUCCCAAUUCCAGAGGGAAUCGGACAGAGACCUCAGGGAGUUCCAUUGGAGUUCUCAUCAAAUGUCAACUAUGGCAUUCCGGAGGUGGUGGAUCGUCAAUCAAGCAAGCCAAUUGAGUGGAAUCUCAGUGAUGCCAUGCGUGGGAUGACGAUCACAUCAUCCAAGCAAGGUGGGAAGCAGCAGCAGCGUGAAGAGGCAGCUUCAAAGAAGAAACGUAAUGUGCAGAAGAAGAGCACAAAGGAAGUUCCAAAGCAGCAGCAGAAUAAGCCAAAAGGAACGAGAUAUUUCCUCAUUAAAGCAGUCUCAACGGAACAGGUGAAGCACGCAAUAAGUGGCAAUGAAUGGUGCUUCAAUCACACCGUCUACAACUAUCUUCAGCAAUGCCUUGAGAAAAAUCCCAAUGUUGACAUUAUGCUGAUCUUCCACGUAAGUGCUGCGCAGAAAUUCUUCUGUAUGGGACAACUUGUGCAGAAGAAGAAUCACUAUCGCAUUGUCAGCAUUCACGACGGGUCAAUGAGCUUCAAGGAUGUCCGGGAGAUUGUUAAGCAGCUCAAACAGACGUGCUUCAUGUGGAACGACGGGGAGGAGCUCUCACGUGAAAUGGGGGAAGUCUUCCGGAAGGGUCUUGCAGGCAAUCUGCAGUAAAUCUCUCAUUUUUUAAUGAAAAAAUACUCCUUAAUUACUUUUAAUUUGUUAAAAAUUCUUUUCUUUAUAUAACUUUUCAAGUUCCUGAAUUUACUGCCGAAAGUUUUAUUAGUUAAAGUACAAGCUAAGGAGAAACCUUUGAAUUAAAUCUCCUUAAUUUUUAAUUAAUUGAAUUAAUUUCUUAAUUUUUAAACGAACUUUGAUUAAUUUUAGGGAGAACAGUUCCGUAGGAUUUAAGGAUAGAUUUUAAUGUAGAUUUAUCAAAUAAAGUGAUCAAAGGGAUUGUUCUUCAUCUUAAA